GUCGUCGUCGUACUACCGGGUAGUAUGUCCGAGGCCAAACCAAAGAAGCGAUUGGAUGCGGUGGUCCGUAGCCGCGUCCAGCCAGUGCUCGAGCUGCUGCACAAAGCCAACACGUCAUCGCAGGACUUGAGUGUCGAGUCGCAGCAACUUCUCGCCGAAUUGAGCCGCACAAAGCGUCGCGUGAGUCGGUUUUGGAUUGAAAAGGCGGUCGUAAUACUGGACGCAUUGCAAAUCUAUGGGCUCAUGUGGCAAUUGGCCCAAAUCUGGCCAUGGCCGUCCAAGUGGCUUGCCGCCACGAGAUGGACGGUGCUCAGCAACUUGGACAUUCUCAGCCUCACGGCGACGGGGGCGGGAAUGGGGCAGGCAAACCCCCCGUUUUCCCACUGGGGCGACUUGCGUCAUUACUGGGCGUACGCGUUGGGGUUUGCACUCGUGCCGUAUAUGUUGGGUAUCGGAUGGUGGUGUGCGUUUCGGCAUUGGCGGUCGUCGGGGGACGUCAGCUUUUUGUCCAAACGAGCAGUAUUGGAGAACAAGCUCCUCCUUGUCCUGCAGUGGAUGUACUUGCCGAUUGGGCUGGCUGUGUCUCGGCUAUGGCACUGUCAAGAUGCACCCAACCCACUCGACCCCACAGAAAUGCUGUCCAGCAUGAGCGUCGACGCCACCGUCGCAUGCCUUGGCACGACCCACACAAUGGCAUUGAUUGGCAUUGCGGGGGGGCUGGGGCUCCCGUUCCUCGUGGGGUUUCCCAUCCUAUUGUACCACCGCAUCAACUUUAUCGGGGCGUUCUCCGAGCCAGAGCGUCACGAAAGGUUCAUCCAAGCUAAGGAACUAACUUAUCUCUUGAACGUUUCGGACGAUUACUAUGUGCUCAACGUGGCACAAUAUGCGUCGUACUCGCGGGACAUGCGACUCUUUCCCGUCCAUGUGUGUGUGUUGAAGGUGGUGCUGCUGGGCGUCUUUACGUUUGGCCGGUCCAGGUACCCGUCAAUUGACAUGCAGCCCCUGCAGGGCAUGCUAUUUGCCGUCGUGUUGAUCGUGGUGGUGACACACCGGUCAUGGUGGGCGUCGCCCUUUCGAUGUCGCAGCACCGCCCAGCUGAGUUUUGUGUUGGAUUCGUUGCUCACGUUUGAUGCCGUCAUGGUGCUUUUAUCGGCCAACCCGAUCAAGAGCGCGCUCACAGUGGCGUCGGUCAAAGUAGCGCUGCUUGGGUUUGUACACACCAUGGGAACACUUGUAGUCGCGGGAGUUGUGGUCGGCACGUUUUGCAAGAAGAAGGCGCGGCAGCUCAACUGGCCCACACACAUCCACAUGCGGCCGCUGGUGCGCCACGUGGCGCAAGUGACGAAGUGGGUCACGGCGCUCAAGGCGGCCGACCACGUCUUGCAACGCUCAUUUACUGCGCCUGCGCAAGUGCAGCCCACGGACGAGUUUGCGCGAGUGGUCGCAGACUUACAGCAAUGUGCGGCGGAUGCGGCGCAACUGGACCAUAUUUUACAUGAUCAACUACACGAAAUGGCGGCUCUGAUCAGUGCGGCAUACGUCGAAGCGUUGGGGUCGGCCGUUCUCGCGUCCGAGCGAAUUGACGACUGCGUCAACAAGUUUACAUCUGAACUCCAACACUACAAAUACAAACACGACAUGUUACCGCCACCCAAACGCAACGCACUGUACAAGUUGCAUGCACUCAAGACGUGGCAAUCCCCAGAUGUGUGCCGCGUGGCCGUACUCCAGCAGCAGCACAAGUCCCCUCCAGGGGUCGACGACUUCUUGCCAGAACCUAACAAGUUUCAACAUCUCGACGUCCUUGUGUCCACGGACCCGCAAUUGAACUUUCCGUCCCACGUUCCGUCGUUUUCAAGCCUAUUGCAACACACCAGACGCCCCCCCACGUCGAAUGACGACCAUGCACUCAUUGCCGUGCAUUGGAGUGCGGUCAUCUUGUCCAACACAAAUGUCAACAACAGCCCAACACACGAGGCUGAACCCCCCAAUGUACAAGAACAGGAAGACGCUACGGUAUUGGCCACAGUAGUGCAAUAUGAAUCUCCAUGGCUACUGGUCAAGCUGCCCUUGCUGAGUGACGUUGAAGAUGCGAAUUGGACGGUGCUUCAAGGAUGGAUCCACGUGGCGUCCCCGUGUGUGUCGUUGCUCGUGUGCCAUGAUCCUGACACCCAAAACCUGUUUGACGAGCUCAAGGGUUUGCAAAUAAUGGUGGUACGACCUGCCAUCCCAAUGGACGCGUCCGUCAUAUCCGCCUUGAUCGACGCCUCGAGGACCGCCACUACUACCACGGCCCCACUCGCGACUGCGGCAACGAGCAAAGCGCUAUUGCGCCAACAGUGGAGGCGGUGCAUUGACCAAUGGAACGUUCAGUUUGUGCUUCGACACGGCCGCGCACCCACGGACUUGGACAAGGCCAAGAUUCGCCUGUGGUAUACCCUUUUCCACGCCCUUAAUUGCCCCUCUCAACCAAUAUAAACCACGCCCCCUAACACGAAAUCUAGUCCAUCU